GACGCUCCCGGAAGUGCCGCCGUGGCUUCCGGCGCGCAGGCCCGCAAGGUCCUCGCGCGUGCGCGCCGGGGGACACGGUGACCCUGAGCGCGCGGACCCGCGACGAUGCUGACCCGGUUCCUGGGCCCGCGCUACCUGCAGCUGGCCAAGAACUGGAUCCCCACAGCCAGCAUGUGGGGCGCUGUGGGUGCUGUGGGGCUGGUGUGGGCCACUGACUGGCGGCUGGUUCUGGACUGGGUGCCCUACAUCAACGGCAAGUUUAAGAAGGAAGAUUAGUUAGGCUGAACCUCCGUGGACCCCUCCGGUGUCUGUCCGCAACAGCCCACGCCCAGAGGAUGAAUGCAAGGACCGGCCACAGGGCUGAAGAGUUGUCAUCUGGAUGCUCAGAGUGUCAGCCUCGCUCUGCUACCUGCUCUGCCUGGGUCUGGGUUGUGCUGUGACUUGGUUCCCCAGCUGCAGUCCCUGAGGCCUGCCUGACCCAUAAUUUUCACCUCCAUAAUUUUGCAAAUCUAGGAGGGUCGUCCAAUGGCUGGAAGAAAUAGUUUCAGUACUUAAAAUAUUUCAGUGUUCAAUGGG